CAAAAAAGAAAAAAUCCCUCUAAACUUGUUGGUUUCUUCCUCCAUCUCCACCUCGUACCCAAACGUCUUUGUUUCUUUUCGACGUCAAAUUCCAAGAAAGUUAAAUGUCGAAUUCAGACGAGCCGCAAAAUCAUGUCGAACCAGCUCAUACAUCAAGGAACGACCCUUCUCCGAGUUCGACAUUUGAUGUGGAGAGUCAGCCGGUACCGGAGACAGGUUUCGGGAUCCCAAACAUCUUGAGGCGGUGGAGACGGGAAGAUUUGAUAAGGAAGGGCUCGUUGGCGCUUAUAGGAUUGACCUUCAUCUUCUCCGUGCUCGCCUUCAUCGUUAUGGCGAGCAAUCAGCACGGUCCAGGCAGGAACUUUAACGAGUACGAGGAAUACAGGUAUCUGUUGGCAAUAGCAAUCCUGUCAUCCUUGUACACCGGGGUCCAAGCAUUGAGGCAUGUUCAUCAGCUAUCUACAGGAAAAACCAUGUUUCAAGAUCGCACCUCCGCCUUGAUUGAUUUUUGUGGCGAUCAGGUCAUGGCUUAUUUUUUGAUAUCGUCGACAUCAGCUGCUAUUCCAAUGACAAACAGAAUCAGGGAAGGAGCCGACAACAUAUUCUCUGACUCCUCGGCUGCGGCCAUCAGCAUGUCAUUCUUUGCAUUUGUCUCUCUCGCCAUAUCGGCAAUUAUCUCCGGCUACAAACUUUCAACACAAUCCUAUAUCUAGUUGUGCUAUACACAAUCAAAAUCUAUGUUCUUGUUCCUA